AUGGCGUCGGUGGUGGAGAAUCGAUCGGUGGAUCCGUUGCUAAAAGAUCUGAGUGAGAAGAAGCAGAGCUUCCGUCGGAAUGUCGAGUCACUGGCGGCAGAGCUCAAGGAGGUCCGCGGCCGUCUAGCUUCGCAGGAACAUACAUAUGCUCGCGAAAGCCUAAACAGACAGGAAGCAGAAACUAGAGCCAAGUACUUGGAAAAAGAGAUUAGUAGAUUGCAGAGUAGUUUAGAGGACAGAAAUCAGCAACUUUGGGCUACAACAUCUGCGGCCCAUAUGUAUGUGAAGGAUUUGGAUGAUCUGAGAUCGCAGCUUUCAGAAACUAAAGCAACUGCAGAUGCAAGUGCACUAUCUGCUCAAUCUGCACAAUUACAGUGUUCAGCAUUGUUGAAAGGAUUAGAGGUGAAAAAUUGCUCUUUAAAAGAGAACGAGAUUCGUGUGAAUAAACUGGGACAACAAUUAGAUCUUCUGCAGAAAGAUCUUCAGUCAAGGGAAUUUUCUCAAAAGCAACUCAAGGAUGAAGUCUUGAGAAUUGAGCAUGAGAUCAAGAAAACAUUGGCUAAGGCUGGAGCAAAUAAAGAUUGUGAGCUCAGGAAAAUAUUAGAUGAGGUUUCCCCCAAGAAUUUUGAGAAGAUGAAUAAGCAAUUGACUGCAAAGGACAAAGAAAUAGCCAAGUUGAGAGAUGAAAUCAGGAUUAUGUCUGCUCAUUGGAAGAUGAAGACUGAAGAUUUGGAGUCUCAGUUAGAGAAGCAUCGUAGAGUUGAUCAGGAUUUGAAAAAGAAAGUCCUCAAGUUAGAGUUUUGUCUUCAAGAAACUCGAUCUCAAACUCGGAAGCUCCAAAGGGUGGGAGACCGAAGAGAUAAAGCUCUAAAGGAACUAAGAGAUCAGUUGGCAGCAAAACAACAGGAACUAGUAGAGUACAUGUACAAAAUGCAUUUAGCGCUAUUCAGUUCGAAACUUCAGCAGAGGAUGGCUGAUGAGAACCGAGCACCAGGAAUUCUUGACUAUUUCCUUUUCCUGCAAAGAUUUGUACAGACCAAAACUGAUACACUACUUGUGCAAUGA